AUGGCAGAAGAAGUUGUUCUGUCUAUCGAGGAAACGAAUGAAAUUCGGCGCAAGCUGGGUCUGCCAUUGAUCACUCCAAACCUAGUUAGGACUGAUCCACUGAAACCCGAACACAAGCAAGCUGAGGUAGAUAGAGAAGGCAUCGUACAGCAAAUAGAGGAGAUAGCUGUUCCUAUUUUGGACAAGACACGCGGCGAGGGAACUGUAACAGGGGCCACAUAUGACGAUAAUAGUCAAUUCAUUGACCGCCGUGUGUUACAGUUGAAGAAACGAAUUAGCGAACGGCGCACCAAACCACUUCUUAACCUGGAUGAUGAGGAUGAGGACGACUGGCUGGAAAAUAUAAGCACCAAACGAACCCGAAAUACCACGGUGCGCCCGAUGUACGAUGAAGAUGCACAGGAACAACUGCAAGAGUUCCGUGUCUCGCACACCUCUUCUGUGCUUGCACCAGGCAAAGAUGUCGUUAUGACCCUCAAAGAGACCAGCGUUCUUGAUGAAGGUGAGGAAGUUUUAUUGGAAAAUGAAGCCAUCAGGCAUGACGAGGAAGUUAAAAUGAAUAUGGAACUGCGACAACUGAAUAGAGAGAGAAAGUUGAACAAAAGUGCAUUGAACGAUCCUUCAAAGAUCGCAAAAUACGCAGAUGAUGGGUUGCGGACUUAUUCUGAUCAUGGUUCAUUCAAGAUAUCGACUGGUUCUGUAUUAUUAGACGAUGGAACUAAAAUGUCAGAUAAGAUAGAAUCGCUUGAUGGAAAGCGGAAGUUGGAUCUGCAACAAGACGAAGAGAUCGCCGAAGCCGCUGGAGAUUAUGAACCAAUUAAAAUCAAGAAACGCAGGAAACCUCAGAAUUCAUCUAUGAUUAGAAAGAAGGACCGCUCUGCUGCACCUGUCAAAGUACAGUUGGUCGAUGAGGACGAACUAAUGGAAAAUGAGGACGAACAUUUCUACUCCAACCUGAGUAUAAGCAAAGUAACAAAGGAGCGGUCGAUUGAAAAACUUGUCGAAGAAGCAUACGAAGAGAGAGCUGAACGUAAGCAGCGCACGCGUACUGUUGAUUUACUACGUAACGGUGUGGUUAUAGACGAGACUGAUCUAUUUCUCGAUUCUCUCAAGGAUGACAUUUUAGGAAACGAGUCCACCUCACGGGCGGCAGCCACACCAGCUGCGGAAGCUCAUAAUAUACCAAAUACACCAGCCAAGGCAUCUUCCGUACUAAAAUUGGCAUCUGAGUCUAAGGAUGGGGAUAAUAAUACACCAAACUUCUAUGCAGGCCUUGGGUCGACGCUGCAAUACCUAAAGGAAAAGAACCUGUUUUCUGAUGCAAGUACCUCAAGAACUUCUGUGGACCAGAAGAAACAGGAACUGCUGCGGAUACAACAACGGAUAGCAGCUCGAGAAGUUGGCGAGCGCAUUGAUUCUCAGUUUGCUAGUGCGGGAUCUCUAUCACAAGAAGAUCAGAAGCGGUUGGAUCAAUACAAAGAGGAUGAGAUCAUGCGUGCGGCAGCCCCCUUCCAGCGUGAACGUGUUGCUGGGUACAAUCCAAAUGUAACCCUCACAUAUAAGGACAAUAGUGGCAGGCCUCUGAAUGCUAAAGAGGCAUUUAAAAAGAUAUCUCAGGCAUGGAGUGGUGCCAGAGCAAGUCGAAAGCUCGCCAGUCAUCGCCGACGUGAUCAACAUUCCAGGGAGUGA